AUCAGAAGUUAAAGAGGUAUAGAAGCAGCCUUUAAAAUAUUUAUACAUUUUCUUUCUUCUUUGUAUGUUUGAAGGCAAGGAAAGAAUCCAUUUGUAAGCUAAGGAAGUUCCUUGUAGUUUCUUAGAGUUCACUUUCCAAUGCUAUUCUUUGUACAAAACCCCAUCUUUGUUUUUUUGUUGCCUUAUUCUCUAUCUCUCUCCUGUCUCAUUUUCCCCUCUUGUUUCUGUUCAAAAGCACUACAAAAAUAAACUCUUGUUCUUUGCUCUGUCUUAGCUUUCUACUUCUGCUUCAACAUUUUGAUAUUGUCCUUUAUAUUUCACAAAUUGUCUCUUUGAUCCUUUUUCAUCAAAAGAAAGAAAAAAAGAUGGGAGUUGGAGGAACUUUGGAGUAUUUGUCUGAUCUAAUGGGAAGUGGCCAUAAACACAAGAAGAAGAAGCAAUUGCAGACAGUUGACCUGAAAGUGAGAAUGGACUGUGAUGGCUGUGAGCUAAAAGUCAAGAAGGCACUCUCUUCAUUAAGUGGAGUUAAAUCUGUGGACAUAAACAGGAAGCAACAGAAGGUGAGUGUUACUGGUUUUGUAGAAGCAAACAAAGUGCUUAAGAAAGCCAAGUCAACAGGGAAAAAAGCAGAGAUAUGGCCUUAUGUUCCUUACAACCUAGUAGCUCAGCCUUAUGCAGCUCAGUCUUAUGACAAGAAAGCUCCUCCUGGUUAUGUUAGGAAGGUUGAGAACACUGCCACAACUGGAACUGUGACAAGAUAUGAUGAUCCUUACAUCACUAUGUUCAGUGAUGACAACCCAAAUGCCUGUUCUAUCAUGUAGCUCCAAGAACACAACAACUAGAGCCAAAUUCUCCCAUCUUAUUAACUUCCCUCUUCAAAUAACUCCUAUGAGUUUCACCGUAAAAUCCCCAUUUAGCCUUUUCUCUAUUUUUAAAUUUCCCUCUUUGGGUAUUGUAGUUUUUUGGUGUUAUUUUUACAAGAUUUCUUUCUGUGUAGGAAUUCAGCCCUUCUAUUGCAAACACCUUGCAAUUAGAAGUAGGCGAGUUUAAUAUAUUUUUGUUAGUCUCUCUCUUCUCUCCACUUGGCCAUGGUAGUAUGUGGUUUUGAAGUUUAGUUUGUUUUUUCUAAGAGGGUCUUGGAGGAGUAAAUAUGGUUUUGGUUUGUGGGUAAUGGGUUGGUUGUAGUAGUCCUGAAUUGUUGUGACGAAUCAAUCGCAGUUCCGUUAUUGUUAUUAUUAUCAUUAAUAUACGUGAUGUUAUUACAUAA